AAACCUUAAAUUCUAAACCCUAAACCCAAAACUCUAAACCAUAAACCCGAACCAUGAUCAAGUAAUGAGUUUAGGGAUUAAUUUAGGGUUGUGUUUUGGGUUUAGGGUUUAGGAUUUAGGAUUUAGGGUUAGAGUUUUGGGGUUUGGGUUUAAGAUUUUGAGUUUAGAAUAUAGGGUUUAGGAUUUUGGGUUUAGAGUUUAGGAUUCAGGGUAUUGGGUUUAGGGUUUAGGAUUUGGGGUUUAGGGUUUAUGAUUUGGGGUUUAAAGUUUAGGGUUUAUAUUUUUGAUUUUUAGAGUUUUGGUUGUUACGGACGGUUUUAAUAUCGGUGUUGUUUUUCUGAGUUAUUUAUUUUUUAAUUUUAUUACUUUUUUUAAUUAAUCUUACAUGGCAUUUUGGUUGGUUAUAAAUAGUGAGGUGAAUUUAACCAUUCACUAUAGGGGUGAACCUAAGUAUUUGUCUUUUAAAAAGUUAUCAAGCUUUUUAUCACAUCUUUCAUCUCGAAAAGACAAAAAUGUGAGAUGUGUUUUAACCAAAAAAAAUGUAAGAUGUGAACUACACCAUGUAUAGUAUAGUAGUACGUUAUAUUCGAUGUUAAUUAUGACGCUGUUACAAUUAUUUUGAUUAAAACCCAUUCUUCAAAUGAUUAAUGCCCCAAAAAGAAUGGAGUAAGGACGUAUGAGGAAGCUUCAUAACACGGAGGUUUCGGGCACCGACUACGUACGAGCGGCGCCGAAAUCGAUUAAUUAAGAAAUUAGUUUUUUUUUUAUUUACAUUCUACUAUAAAUGAAUAAGCCUCGUGCGUGCCACAAGAUUCUUUUGGUCUUUACUUAUGAUUGAAACUUAAUUAAGUAUGAAACUAAUUAAAAGGGUCAAUUAAUUGAAGAACGUGAGCCACGUCUGUCAUUUGCCUCAAGUGAACAAUACUUCCAACCAAAGUAAAUCACAUAAUUAAUUAUGAGGUUAAGUAGCCUAUGAAAAGCGUCAAUGCCGUCUCUCCACACAAGCGUGGUCGAGUGGUAAGGUGGGCUUGCAAACCUACCAUCUCAGAUGUACCCGCUUGUGUGGCGAGACGACAUUGGUAUCUAAUUUCCAUUGCGAACAAUGGGUGUCUGGCGCCGGUGGAUAAAUCUCAUGGGAUUAGUCGGUUGGGCCUAGGCUCGCUGGAUAUCGGGUUAUAAAAAAUGGUUUGUUAAUAGCUGAAUCAAUAUCUCCUAAAUUGAAAGAUGGUGGUGAGAUUCCCAUAUAUUAUUGUAUGAAACACAUGUUAUUUUGUCAUGUCUGCACCAUUGCCUUACUUUUCUAUUUUUAAUUCUUAAGCUUUGAGGAUGGGCUAAAGCUUGUAAAACUUAGAGGAGAAGCCAUGCAGGCGGCUGCGGAUGCUGCUAAGAGUGCCAUGGUUAGUAUCAUAGGGCUGGACUCAGAAAAAGUUCAACAGCUAUGCGAUGCAGCAAAUCAGGAAGUAGAUGAAGCUGACAAAGUUCAGAUCGCAAAUUACUUAUGUCCGGGUAACUACGCAGUAUCUGGAGGUCUUAAGGGAAUCGAAGUUGUUGAAGCCAAAGCUAAGUCAUUCAAGGCUUGAAUGACGGUUCGGCUAGCUGUUGCAGCGGCUUUCCACACAAGUUUCAUGGAACCAGCAGUGUCUAGAUUAGAAGCUGCAUUGGCGGAGACGGAGAUCAGAAGUCCAAGGAUCCCAGUGAUCUCCAAUGUGGAUGCACAGCCUCAUGCAGAUCCAGACACAAUCAAGAAGAUACUUGCACGCCAGGUGACAUCUCCAGUCCAAUGGGAGACAACAGUAAAGACACUCUUAUCCAAAGGAAUCAAGAGCAGCUAUGAAUUGGGACCUGGAAAGGUGAUUGCAGGGAUAUUCAAGAGAGUAGAUAAAAGUGCUACCGUCGAAAACAUCAGUGCUUGAGACUCUCUCUGCUGCUAUGUUUGGAAUUUGAAUGUUUUGUUAUCGAAUAUUUAUGUAACACUUAGCACGACGAUAUAUGUUUGAAGUAUCUUUGUUUAAAAUUUCAGUUAUUGAAAGUGAAAGGGCAACACUUCAUUGAUGACAAAAUCUUAAGAUUGUUUGUUUUUAAAACGAUGGACCAACCAUCGCUAAAGCCCAGUAUCAUCACUGCUGUACAACAGUUCAUGCACCAGCCGUAAUCGAACCCAUAUCUGUUUUGUGGCAGGAUACUAUUCUACGACUACACUAGACCACAGGUGGCCCGACGAUAAAGUAGCUGACUUAUUGUAUUUAUUGUCCAUAAGCAUUUUUGAAUAAAAAAUCUAAAUAGCCAAAAUUGGUAACAUGUAUAUAACUAAAAUGGAUAGUUACCAACGUAGAAUUGGUCUAGUGAUAAAGGGGUCGCAGCUAUAAUUACUAUAACCUAGAUUCAAUUUACUCUUGGAAAAUAUUUAUUUACAAUGCUUAGAUUCAUGACAAAGAAGGGAAACCACCCUAAAAUAGUAGUUAUAGUUAUAUUAAAUUUAUUAUUCUAUAAUUAUAAUGAUAAUUUAGUUUAGUUUUUAUUUCUAAUGAAUGUAAAUCUAUACUAUUAAAAUAAAAGGCUUUUUUUUUAGUUGUCCUUCUAUUUUGUAAAUACUUAGAUCUUUUUUAACAUGUGAUCUAUUUAUUUUUUGAGAUCUUUUUUUUUAAUAUUAAUUUGUAGUCAGUUAAAUAAUAAAUUAUAUGACUAUUCAUUAAAGAUGUCAACGGCUUUAAUAAGUCUGAAUAAUUUUUUUAUUAAAAAUAAUAACCUAACCUAAAAUCAUGAAGAACAU